CGUCGCGCUGACUCAUUCGAAAUCCGCCACGCCGGUUGAUAGUCUUGCUCACCGGGAGCCUCUUCCCGUGACCGGUGCCUGCCCCUUUUGCCCAUACUCCUGUGCCGGGAGCCUCGCUCGCCACAUCCAGUCCUACCCAUGGGCGAUCCCGAGGUGGAGGUGUGCGAGUACUGCGACUACACUUGCAUCGGCGACAUUGGAAACCACGUCGCGCUGACUCAUUCGAAAUCCGCCACGCCGGUUGAUAGUCUUGCACGCGAGAUCGGCAAGCUCCGAGUUUCAUCUCGUCAGCGCAUGGACCCACUCCUGCAGUCGAAACUGCUAGUGGAUGCUGGCGCCGACUGGCUCACCGAAGCAUUUCCCAACGGCGUUUGGUUCGUGAAAGGUAUUUCGACCAAGGGAUUCGGCAUUUAUGUGUGUUCGACAGAAACCAAUAAAAACCCCUGUGGUACUUCUUGGCUUUCGGCUCACGCGUUUCCGAAAUUCCACCAGGAGUGCAAAAAGUGCGCUGCAAAGUAUAAGCCGUUUGCAAUGUUCGAUUGUCGUUCAGAUUCCGACGAGGACGAAAAAAAAACUAAAUCCGAUAAGCCGCACAGGUGCGAUCUGUGUGAGGUGUGUGAAUCGCAAGGCUGCGACGCAUGCCACCCAAAAAAAAAACAAAAGUAAAUUCCCGGUAUCCCACGUGCCGGACGAAUGUGCGUAACCGAAUUUGAACGUGAUUGCCACGAUAGUUGUACAGAAACGAUUUUUCAUAGAAUGACGGAUUGUCGAAAACGGUCGCGUUGUCUUAUAAAAUAAAAAUUCCUUUAAACCCUGA